UGGUCAUGUCCUGUACCGUGGCCGCGGUCUCUGGUCAUGUCCUGUACCGUGGCCGCGGUCUCUGGUCAUGUCCUGUACCGUGGCCGCGGUCUCUGGUCAUGUCCUGUACCGUGGCCGCGGUCUCUGGUCAUGUCCUGUACCGUGGCCGCGGUCUCUGGUCAUGUCCUGUACCGUGGCCGCGGUCUCUGGUCAUGUCCUGUACCGUGGCCGCGGUCUCUGGUCAUGUCCUGUACCGUGGCCGCGGUCUCUGGUCAUGUCCUGUACCGUGGCCGCGGUCUCUGGUCAUGUCCUGUACCGUGGCCGCGGUCUCUGGUCAUGUCCUGUACCGUGGCCUCUGUCUCUGGUCAUCUCCUGUACUGUGUCCGCGGUCUCUGGUCAUCCCUUGUACUGUGUCCGCAGUCUCUGGUCAUCUCCUGUACUGUCUGCAGUCUCUGGUCAAUUCCUGUACUAUGUCUGCAGUC